CCCCGUUGACACAGUUUUUUUCUUAUGAUAAGCACAAACAUUACAAAAUUUGGUUAGAUUUCUCUGAAAACAAGACAAAAUAUCAAAAAGUUAUUUUGCUUCUCAAGUUAAUUGCUCUGUUUUUAAAAAUGUUUAGAUAUUUUUACUGGAAAAUAGGACAAAAAUACUCAUUGAGAAAAUUAUUAUUUUUAUUAUAUAUUUUUAUUUAUUUAUUUAUUUUUGCUUUGCAGAGAAAAGACAGCUUAGAUUUUGGGUUGUAUAAAGGACAGCAGAGACUAUGUGCAAAGUAGAAAAUGUAAACACACACAAUCCGAAGUGUUUUUGCAGAGAUGGGAAAGUCUAAAGCCAUAACUUUUCUAAUUUGGUGAAUCUAUUCAUAUAAUUUUAAAAGGUGUGUAUGUGUGUGAAUCAUGCUGAGAGUAAAUGUACGCCCAGUUUGCUCCAAAUUACAGACGUGGAGCAGAGAAAUCAAAUGACAGCAAUCUUGUGACACAGCGGAGAUAACCCGUUUAGAAGCGAUUAUGCCACAGACACACACAUACACACACACUAAUGGAAAUCACGGAUACACCGUUCACAUGGGUAAAAAAAAAAUAAAAAUAAAACAACAACAAAAAAGCAUAUUUUUCCAGGCCCUGCUGGACUGAUACUCUCACACACACAUGGACUCUUAGAGCACAUAUUGAGUGGAAGAGAUCAUGCAUGUGUCGGUUCUGUGAGGCUGUUUGGUGUUUCUGUUGAAGAAAAGAGGAAUGGACAGAUGGUCUGUUCUUUAAUCCUGUCUGUCCUCUUCUAGUCUCUCUGUCUCAGUCUCUCUCUCUAUGCAAUCAUGUUUGUCUCAUUCUCUGUCCAUUCGUUUUUCAUUAUUAAUGGGCAGAAGCCCUUCCUACAAAGGGUGCCAUUUAAUUGUCCCUUUAACAUUGUCCACGCACCAUUCGUCCUCUUGACAGACCUCAUUCAUGAAACACGAGCAAAAUAAAUUUCCAUGCAAAUUCAUAAAACCAGGUUGUGUCUAGAUGGUAACCCCCAUUCUGUGAACCAACCAAUUGCUUUUUGUCUAGUCACAAAAUGUAUCAAGGUCAAAAAAAAAUUACUUUUUUAAAAUUUCAUAUUGAUGGAGCAGCAUAAUUUGUGUGAAAAGAAAUAACAUUGGAAGGUUCCGAUUAAAAUUCAGUUUUUAAAAAAAACCACACUUAAGGUAAAAGGCCCCUAGGGGGUUUAAAGUGAUAUCAUGUAGAUACCGGGGCAAUAGUUAUAGGGCACAAUUUAUCAACUAAUGCAAAUCAUUUGAGACAGCAAGAUGCUUUUUUGAGUAACAAAUUAAGAUGAUGCUUACUCAGAAUAACUACUUCAGAAAAAGUCAACCAUUUCCUGUUCAUUUCAAAUACAUUUGACAUUUUAUUACAUCUCAAGUUUUCUUUAAACAAACUAAUCUCUAUUAUGAUUGGAUCAUAAUCAAUGUGAGCCCACUUUGAAAAUUUUUCAUAACAAAUCUAUUCACCCCACUAAAAAAAAAAAAAAAAAAAAAAAAACAGUGUUUAAUAGGGGCCUUUAGCCCUGCAACGGGGAGCUUUUUUACCCCAAAAUACUGUCCUUUCACUUAUUGGAUAGUUAUUUAAAAUAUUUUUAUUUAAUGACCUUAAAACUGAAAAUGACAAAUAAGUAUUUUGUCUCAAAAGAAAUGUUAAUUUCAGGGAUUUUCAUUAGAUACAUAAAUUUACAAUAUUAACAAAAAAUUAUAAAAAAUUAGAUCAAAUUGCCUCAAAAUCAACCUUUAGGCAUUACACACAAUGAUCUCAUGGAUCAGGAACUUUUUCCAGUGUAUAGUGACAAACAGGUGUUUAGGAAAAUCCUGUGGUAGUUUUUGAUGCUAUUUAGCGUUUUGGGAGAAAAUCAAAUCAAUGGAGCCUUUUACCUCGUGGAGCCUUUAGCCCCGUUGUACCCUAUAUUUUAUGACGUUGCUUCAAGUUUUGUUUUUAAAUGGGAAGAACAAAAUGCUCAAAAAAAGAAAUAAAAAAAAAUAAUAAUAAAAAAAACCACUUACUAUUAAACUUAAGUGCUAUAAUUGUUUUCAAUGAUGUGCAACCUGUACAUACCUGUGAUUUAUUAUUCCAAUAAAUGAGCUUCAGAAAAUCAAGAAAAUCUGACUUUUUUAUAUGUACAGUUGAAGUCAGAAGUUUACAUACACCUUAGCCAAAUACAUUUAAAUUCAGUUUUUCACAAUUUCUAACAUUUAAUUGUACAAAACUUAGUCUUAGGUCAGUUAGGAUCACUACUUUAUUUUAAGAAUGUGAAAUGUCAGAAUAAUCGUAGAGAGAAUUAUUUAUUUCAGCUUUUAUUUCUUUCAUCACAUUCCCAAUGGGUCAGAUGUUUACAUACACUUUUUUAGUAUUUGGUAGCAUUGCCUUUAAAUUGUUUAACUUGGGUCAAAUGUUUUGGGUAGCCUUCCACAAGCUUCUCACAAUAAGUUACUGGAAUUUUGGCCUAUUCAUCCAGACAGAACUGGUGUAACUGAGUCAGGUUUGUAGGCCUCCUUGCUCACACAUGCUUUUUCAGUUCUGCCCAAAAAUGUUCUAUCGGACUGAGGUCAGGGCUAUGUUAGAGCCACUCCAAUACCUUGACUUUGUUUUCCUUAAGCCAUUUUGCCACAGCUUUGGAGGUGUUCUUGGGGUCAUUGUCCAUUUGGAAGACCCAUAUUUGACCGAGCUUCAACUUCCUGGCUGAUGUCUUGAGAUGUUGCUUCAAUAUAGCCACAUAAUUUUCCUUCUUCAUGAUGCCAUCUAUUUUGUGAAGUGCACCAGUCCCUCCUGUAGCAAAGCACCCCCACAACAUGAUGCUGAUACCCCCAUGCUUCACGGUUGGGAUGGUGUUCUUCGGCUUGCAAGCCUCUCCUUUUUUCUCCAAACAUAACGAUUGUCAUUAUGGCCAAACAGUUCAAGUUUUGUUUUAUUAGACAGAGGACAUUUCUCCAAAAAGUAAGAUCUUUGUCCCCAUUUGCACUUGCAAACUGUAGUCUGGCUUUUUUAUGGUGGUUUUGGAGCAGUGGCUACUUUCUUGCUGAGCAGCCUUUUAGGUUAUGUCGAUAUAGGACUCGUUUUACUGUGGAUAUAGAUACUUGUCUACCUGUUUCCUCCAGCAUCUUCACAAGGUCCUUUGCUGUUGUUCUGGGAUUGAUUUGCACUUUUACCACCAAAGUAUGUACAUCUCUAGGAGACAGAAUGCGUCUCCUUCCUGAGCAAUAUGAUGGCUGCGUGGUCCCAUGGUGUUUAUACUUGCGUACUAUUAUUUGUACAGAUGAACGUGGUUCCUUCAGGCAUUUGGAAAUUGCUCCUAAGGAUGAACCAGACUUCUGGAGAUCUAAAAACAUUUUCUGAUGUCUUGGCUGAUUUCUUUUGAUUAUCUCAUGAUGUCAAGCAAAAAGGCACUGAGUUUGAAGGUAGGCCUUAAAAUACAUCCACAGUUACACCUCCAAUUCAGUACACCUCCUAUCAGAAGCUAAUUGUCUAUAGGCUUGACAUCAUUUUCUGGAAUUUUCCAAGCUGCUUAAAGGCACAGUUAACUUAGUGUAUGUAAACUUCUGACCCACUGGAAUUGUAAUUUAGUCAACUAAAAGUGAAACAAUCUGUCUGUAAACAAUUGUAGGAAAAAUUACUUGUCAUGCACAAAGUAGUCCUAUGUGACUUGCCAAAACUAUAGUUUGCUAAUAUGAAAUCUGUGGAGUGAUAAAAAAUUAGUUUUAAUGACUUCAACCUAAGUGUGUGUAAACUUAUGACUUCAACUAUAUUUGAUUAGUGACUUAGAAAUAGUGAAGAAUCUUUCUAUUUAAAUAUUUCUUCAUUUUUUCAAAAACCUAAAAGUUGCUGAUCAUUUUCAGGUUAAAAUCAAUUAAUAAAAAUUCCAGAUUUUAAUGCUGUCUCAGACUUUUAGACCCCACUGUAAUCUGUUAUUUCAUGAUGCUGUGAGGAUAGAGAGCUCAGUCUGACCCACAUAUUAAAAGAGUGGAUUAGUGAACAGCUGCAGACAACACAAACUAGGACUGUGUCAGAGAGUUCAGGAUUCAGUGGACGGUUCAGUCUUCAGGUUGAGGUUAUUCCGGAUAAGAAGAAGCUGCUUCGUUAUUUUUAACUCACGGUUCAACUCUACAGUCAACCAUUGCUCUGGAUUGGGAGUGUAGGGAGAAAAAUGGAGGUGUGGCACUCCAAACAACAGGACGGGUAGUAUUAUAGGGACAGACACAGUGUUUGAGCUUUCCGUCCAGAGUGUUUAAGGGGAUUCUUGAAAGAGCAGAAUAAUUUGCUGAUGCUUUAGACGUCAGUUGUCAUUGCACAGACCUGCACACAACUUACUUCCUGCCGUUUGUAACGUCCAAACACUUUCACUUCCAUUCACACACACUCUGACUCUCUCACACAGGUUUGUGAAGAAAUCACACCCUCUUACACUCGCAUGUACAGACAAAUACACACAAACCAGUAAUACACGCUCCAUACUCAAGUCAGGCACAUACACCAUCAUGGCCAACAUUCAUCCAUACGGCUGCUUCACCCAUGCUGUCGUCAGAGGGAUUCCAGAAUCCUUCGGGAGGUUGGCCGAGGGCGGCGAUGGGGUGCAGACGGACUUAGCUAAAGCCCAGCGUCAGAUGGGGGUGUUAACGGGCGCGCUGAGGCAAAAGGUGGGACUCCAGCUGAUCGAAAUUCCAGCAGACCCCGAGCUGCCCGAGAGCUGGCGAAUUGAAGAUAUCGCUGUGAUCCAGGGCGACACGGCGCUUAUCACGCGACCCUUCAAACAGCAGCGACGUGCCGAGGCGGAGGCUGUACGGCGAGUGCUGAAUGAACUGAACCUAACGCUUGUGGAGAUGGGCGAUGAGGAGGGCGGGUCUGCUGGAGCCACUCUAGAAGGAAGUGAUGUCCUCUUCACAGGGAAAGAGUUCUUUGUGGGCAUUUCAAAACACACCAAUCACAGAGGGGCAGAGGUUCUGGCAAACACGUUCAGAGACUUUGCUGUGUCCACUGUGCCUGUGUGUGGAGGCUCUCGACUGAAGAAUAUCUGCUCGAUGGGUGGCCCCGAUACCAUCAUCAUCAGCAACAGUGAUGGGGCCAAAAAAACACUCAGAAUGAUGGAGCAGUUGACUGAUCAUCAUUAUGAGAUCUUGUCAGUACAGGAGGAUAUGGCUGCUAACUGUGUGUACAUCAGAGGUCCAGCUAAAGUGGACUAUCUCUUGCAUCCCACCGUAGAGGAGUGUCCAAAUAGCAUACCGACGUUCCAGAGGUUGACAGACUACACUCUCCUGCCCACAGCUUACAGUGAAGCUUCUAAACUGGGGGGUGCUCUGUCCUCCCUCUGUCUGCUCGUCAACAAGAAACUACAUUACUAGAGACUCCAACACAUAUUCACUGCGUCACUUCAUUUAUCUACAUACAAGUCCGUUCAGUGAGGUUUAGGGGCAGAAACUGUGGUUUAGACCAGUUAUAACUGGUUUGCGACAGUCAGCAAUUGUCCAGUUGUUGUGUCCUGUGUUCCUCUUAUGCGUUUGUCUCUUUCUGAUCAUAUUAUAUUGACUAUAAAACAAAUAAAUGAUAAUGCAACGUUUACAGCUGGUACUGCAUGUAGUUUUCUUGAUGAGUUUCAUGCCUUCUAGAGGUUUCUGUUGAAAUUCACCCUUAUUCUGUGCUUUGAGUGCUAAUGUUUCACAGAAUGCAUUGCACUAUGAAUAGUAUUUUGAAACCACUUUAGUCUUGGACUAAACUUUGCUUGCCCAUAAACCGCUAGAUACAGAUGAGAUGUUUCCUAGUUAUACUUUUAAUACAACACUGUUCUAUUUAAUGCCCUGAAUAUUAUGAAAUACAUUUUCCCCCAUGUUUUGAAAACCUUGUCUUGAUAUAUAUAUAGUAGAUAUACAGUAAUCUGAGAUUAGUAGCUUGUGAAGUUAAAAUGUUUACACUUUGUAUUUAGUGUAUCUGUUUUUAAUCAAGUAUUAAAGACUGUAACAUGUAUUAUUUUGUUAA